CGGAAGUGACGUAUUUCUAGCGCACGUGGGGCGACUUGGCCGCCGCAAUGGCGCUGUACAGCGCGGCCGCUGCUGUGCUGAGCGGGCUGGAGCGUGGCGAGGGAGGCCUCAAGAGCCUGGUGUACGGCAGCGACUUCCCGCACGCCCGGCAGCUGUACGCGCUGGUGGCCGAGACGCUGCGCUACGGCCCGGUGCUGGAGGCGCUGCUGGACGGAGCCGAGCUGCUGCGCGUCGAGAAGAAACUGCCGCCGCUGCUGGCCAAGGUGCUGGUGUACGACCUGCUGUUCGGCAAGGGCCUCAAGUGCGGCGGCCGCUGGAAGGCGUUGGCCCGGCGGCACCGCGCGCGGCUGGAGGCCGAGCUGGCCCGGCUGAAGGUGCGGCGCGGGGUGAGCCGCAACGAGGAUCUCCUGGAACCUGCGCCGGGAGCCGGGCCGGAAGCCCUUCAGGUGCCGCGUUACGUCCGGGUGAACGUGCUGAAAACGUGCGUGGAUGAUGUGGUGGAAUUCUUCAAACGCCAGGGCUACUCCUUCCUGGGCAGGGCGAGCAGUGUGGAAGAGCUGAAAAUACUUUCUGGGAAGAAAUUCUUGCUGGAUCUUCACCUCGCAGAGCUGCUCGUUUUUCCUCCGCAGACGGACUUUCAUGACAACCGGCUCUAUACGUCAGGACACAUCAUCCUGCAGGACAAGGCCAGCUGCUUGCCAGCCUUCCUCCUCAGCCCUUCUGCUGGCUCCCAUGUGAUUGAUGCCUGUGCUGCCCCUGGGAACAAAACCAGCCACCUGGCUGCCAUCCUGAAGAACAAGGGGCAUAUCUUUGCCUUUGAUGUGGACACCAAGCGCCUGGCUACCAUGAACACCAUGUUGAUGCGGGCAGGGGUCACCAGCUUCAAGCUGGCCCAGCAGGACUUCCUGACAGUUGAUCCCCAUGAUCCCAAAUACAGCAAAGUAAAAUACAUUCUCCUGGACCCAUCGUGCAGCGGCUCGGGGAUGGUGGCCCGGCUGCCUCUGGAGGAGGCAGCCCCGAGUGCAGAGCGGCUGCAGGCGCUGGCUGGCUUCCAGCGCAGGGUCCUGAGCCACGCGCUGCGCUUCCCGGCGCUGCAGCGUCUGGCCUACUCUACCUGUUCAGUGCACAGAGAAGAGAACGAGGAUGUGGUGCAUGCAGUGCUGCAGGAGCAGGGAUCGGCCUUCAGGCUGGUGAACGCGUUCCCAUCCUGGCCGUGCCGAGGACUUGCUACCUUCCCAGGGGCUGAUUGCUGCCUCCGCGCCUCUCCUGCAGAUACACUCACACAGGGCUUCUUUGUGGCUGUCCUGGAGCGCUGUGGGGAGGAAGCUGCUGUCCCCAGCUCCCUGCCUGCAGCCACUGAAGAGAAUCUACAACAAGAAGAGGGAGUAGAGCCAGGAGCAGCUCCUCCCAAGAAGAGGAGGAGGAAAAAGCAAUGUGUGAAGGUGUGAAAGAAUUCUAGGAGUGUGCGGUGCCUUUUUGAGGCUGGUUUCUGGUGCUGGGCUGUGCUGUGGCCCUGGCGCCGAGUAACAGAAAUAAAGCUUUUCACCAGCUGCUGGCCUGGUGAGCUUCUGUAAUUCCCUGAUCCAGUCCGUGGCAGUAGUGCUGGUGGUACCUGCUGCACACACAGGCAAAGGAGUGGGAAUUGCUCCUGCACACGUAUAGGUGCCCCCAGAGCUGGGCUGGGGCAGCCUUAGGCAAUCAAAUCAAACAGCAGCACAGUUUCCUUAUCCUCUGGGGUUGGAUUCCUCCAGCUGGAGUAAUGGCAUUAUAGUGCUUUAUAGGCCCCUAGAACUCCAUACUUAACCUUUAUCUGGGGCAUCAGAAAAGGCUUUUGCCUUGCAGUGACUUCUCUGGUAUGUGUGUGCAGUGCACCCUGUCUAGAAUCUGCCCCUCUCUGGCCUUCAGGCUGACAGCUGUGUGACAGCCAUGCCAAGACUCAGGUGAGGUGGGAAGGGAAGAAUGCUGCCUUGCCCCUAUGGCAUCCUGCCAGAAUGAGGAGGGAGUGCAGCACUGUGCAAAGCAGAGGGAGCUGAAAAACAGUAUCCCAAGCACUGUACAGCCCUCACACAAAAGCAAACCAGACAAGAAGAGUCUUUUUAUUUUAAAUUGGUGACAUGAGAAGCAAGGAGAAAACCAUUGCCUGUUCAUUCUAAAUCAUUACCAGCCACACCAGGAAUGGUCCAAGCCUCCAGUUCUGAGUAAGAACCCAGCCCAGGGAGAAGGGAGCCUACCUUAAGCCUGGACCUGCCAAGGCUGGGGCUAUGCUGGAGCUCUGCUCUCUGGAGGCAGCCUGUGCUCCCCAAGGGUGCUCUCACCUUGCUUUCUGCUUGUCAGCCCUCUCUGCACACAGGUUGUGGCUGGAACCCUAAGGAGGGAGGUUGAGAAGAGGGAGGUUGAGAAGGGGCAGCCCCCACCCUCGUGUGACCACGCAGCCUGCCAGCCAUGGGCCCAGCUCCCUCCAUGCCUCCACUCAUCCCUUAACACUAUGGCUGUGGUUCUGGACAGAGGGAGGAAUUGCCAGCAUCAGCUCCUCUGAGCACUUCUGCAUUCUCAACCCCUAAGGGCACGUGCACCCAGCUUGGCUCCUUCAGCACUUAUUGGCCACAUGGGGGACCAGCCUGCAGUAGGCCCCAUGUGCCCUCAGCUCUUUGUUUUGCAGAGAGGUGAGAACAGCCUGCACCAACUGCAGGGGCUGGGAGCACUCCCAGGAGAAGAGUGAGCCUGCAGCUGUGCCUCCCUGCCCUCCUCCAUCAGUUGGGGGGAUUGCCCCAUACCACUCAUCCAUUCCCAGCCCUGCAAAAGCUUCUGCUCCUCAGCUUCAGGGGAAUUAAAAAAAAAGUUUAUUCACAUCCACGUACAUCACAUUUGAGAAACAAGGACAUAUUGUUACAGCCUGGGAGGAGCAGAUGGCUCCUGCUCUGGGACACAGCUGCCUUUCCCCAGCACAGCCCUGUCCCACAGCACAGCCACUGCCCCAGGGUGCGACAGAACGGGAAAACUACCAACAGCGCUGCAGUCAGCAACCUCACUGAACCAAGCUUGAAGGAAUUCAAAGGCAAUUUAGCUUAAAUAUAAAAAUAAAUUCUUAUUUUGUUAAAAAAUGUUUAAAUAUUUUUUUUUUUCCUUUUUAAUUUAGACUUCAGCAGACACACACACUCACACGGCUCGGAGAGUAAAAAACCCGGCAGCCAGGCAUUACUAGAGGCAGAGGGGAGCUGCGGGCACAGCUCUCAGCCACAGGGACCAGAGCUCCAGUCACCUCUUCCUCACUGGGCUCCCAAGGGUGAUGGGCAUAGGGGCAGCACCGCAGCUCCUUGGAGCUCGUAGGAACUAAUGGAUGGGGAUGAGCUCAAAGUGAAAAUCCAUUCCAGUUUGGGGAAGGAACAAACCCACCACUUUCUUUGGUGGUGCCAAAGGAGCUUGAGGUGGUAACACGGCUCCAGCCCAGGAGAAAGGGUCCAGGAAGAGAAGAGGCUGCAGAGGCCAGGCCUCUGCCCCAGCUGCCUUUCUUUCAGUCACAACAAAGGGACAGAACUCACCCAGCAUGAGCAGCCACGCAGUGAUGCUACUGUCAACAUCCAAUUAGCCAGGGUGCAUCCCCACGAAGGGAUGGGCGCCCAAAAAAAUAACUCCAAACAGCAAAUCCGGCAUAACCAACAUGCCGCCACGCACACGGUUCAAUUCUUCCUCCAAACUCGAUUCAAUGAGCGCAUUAAAACGGGAGCACAAACAAAGCAGAACAGACAGGGCUUGAAGCGAGCGGGUGGGGGGAGCCCAACAGAGGUGGGAGGCAGCACAGAGCUGCCUGCUCCACACCCCACACCUCGACCAGAGGCUUGGCAGGAGCUGUUGAGUGGUGGCAGUGGGCUCAGCCCCCAUCCACAGCUGUGUCACCCCCUGUGACACCAGGACAGCCACACUCACAGGGCUGGGCGCUAACACAGCCUCCUGCUCUGCGGAGAUGGCAAUGAGUGGCUCGAAGAAAAGGGAUCACGUUCACCAGGCCACGAGA